AGCUGUUAGGCAACCCAUGCUAAGUGUGUGCUGUGUGUGGAGUAAACAAAAUAAUGCAAUAAAAUGCACGAUAAAUGUCAAUAGCAAAGUAAAAGUGUUAAAAGGGCAAAAUGGCGUUUUUUGUUGGUGAGGAAUUUUUGGGCAAACUCAAUUUUUCCAAAAAUGCUUAUAGAAAAUAAGCUGAACUAUUAUAAAUGAAAACGAUUCGGGAUAUAAGUGAAAUAAUUGCGACAUAGAUUGCUUAUUGUGCUAAAGAAAUUUAAUUCAAUUAAAAAGGUGUACGUAGUAAAAUUUUAUUGAACGCCCUCAAUAAACAUCCCCUUGGCACUCCUCUUCAACAAAAACACACAACAAAACAAGUGUUUUUAUGAUGCAUUAUAAGAACUUGUCAUAUGCAGUUUAUACAACACCCAACCUGAAGUCAACAACUAAACAAGUGACGAGGCAUUAAUUGGUGGAAAGGGAAAAUUCUACUAAUAAGAAUUAGGGAAAGUGAAAAUUAAUAUGUGUAUUAUCAUGAAACCAUGAAUUCUUUUUAUUUAAUAUAGAAUAGGAAAAAAUAGUAAAAAGUAAAAAACGCUCAGUGAAGAUAAAUAAUAAAUAAAUAAAUAAUGAGACAAAUUCGAAAAAGAAUGCAGCCCCCUGCUACAAGUUAAGCUGUGUCAUGAAACAUUGGAGUCAGUUAUAAAACUGAAAAUUUCAUUUCGCUUCACUGGAGCGUUAAGUUUUUACAGAAUCAUUUCUAAGCUCCCAGUUUUUUGUUUUUUGUUUUUUUUUUUUGUAAAAUUAUCUAAAACGAGACUGGUGACCAGCUGACAAUCCCAAUCGUACAUCAAUGAAACUAAGCAAUCUAGAGUGCAUAUUUGUAUUAAAAGUACAAUUUAAAUUGGUGCAUUAAAAGAAUUUACUAUAGUACAAUGGAAUUGAAAGUAUGGGUAGAGGGCAUUCAACGGAUUGUAUGCGGUGUUACUGUGAAUACAACUUGCCAGGAUGUGGUGUUUGCGCUGGCGCACGCUACUGGUAAAGUGGGCCGCUUUACACUUAUAGAACGUUGGCGCAAUAAUGAGCGGUUGUUAGCACCAAAUGAAAAUCCGCUGAAAUUAUUAUUAGAAUGGGGUGAAUAUGCCAAUGAUGUGCAAUUUAUUUUGCAGCGAUCAGAGAAUAAGCAACAGCAGUCAACACUACACCAGACACAGCGCCUAGAUAAUUCUUUUGGGAGCAAUAAUAAUAAUAAUAACAAUAACAACAACAACAAUAGCAGUAAUACUAAUAAUGCAGCUGUGAUGUUGAGAAAGCCUCUAGGCUUAAGCAAUAACAAUAGCAAUAGUCAUAAUAUUAAUAGCAACAACAACAACUCAAAUAGUAGCAACUACAAUCAACAGCAAACUAAAUCAGCACACUUAACCAACGUGGACUCAAAUUUGAAUAUAUCACCACACCUUGAUAAAUCACGCGAAUUAAAGAAAAAAAGCUUUGGUGCUCAUGAUGCCAAGCAUAUUGAAAACAUUGGUAUUGUAAAAGGAAUUCAACAACGCAUUGCUAGUAGCAAUACAGACAACAACAACUGCAGCAUCAAUAAUAAUUUGGGCAAACAACAAACACAUGUGCCACAUCAAGAUUCUACACCUUCCCUCACCGGCUCACCACUUUCGCCACAUCUUAUGAGUAUCACAAGCUCACCUAUAUCAUCAAAUGAAAACAGCACUUCUACGUCAUUACCUAAAAUCAUACCGCAUCACGAGAAGUCUCAUUCAAAUCCUACUGAAAUGUCAAGAAAUCAUUCGCAUGCUUUUUCCGAUGGUUCUGGCUUUAUCAAUGGCUCGCCGCAAGUAAGCAAUGAUGGGAAUAAUAAUAACAACAUUUACAAUCAGCUUGGUGCUCAGAAUAGCAAGUCAAUCAAUGAAAUUAAUUUGGCUGUUGUGCGUGAAUCGUUAGAUCGACGCAUUGUCGCCGACAGUCCGGAUGUAUUGUACGCCACUCCUCAUAGUAAUAAAUUUAAUAAUGGUGUUAGCAACAUCAACAGUAAUAAUAACAACAACAACAACCAAAAUAGCAACAACAGCUGUAGCAGUAGUAGCAGUGAAAAUCUUCUUGACAUAUACAAUGGUAAUGUGCAGCGCAGUGGAGGUGAUAUGCCACCAGAUUUAUUGUAUAAAAAUGCGCCAACUAUAUCAGCGAAUGGUGCACUAGUGCCACCACCAUAUCGCGAUCCGCCUCCACCGCGGAAUAGCCCAUUACAACAAUUGCAACAGCAGCACCAAUUCCAUACACAACAAAUUUCCGGCGCACCUCUGAAUAAUUAUAUGCAAGAUUAUGCUAAUCCUGGUGAUUAUGAUGUAGACCUGCAGCGUUUAGGUGGUAUUGGUAGUGGUGGUAGUGCCGGCAGUAUUGAGGAGAGCGAGAGCAUAUUUCAAGCAACACAAUAUAAUGAUUUAUUACAAUUGAUUAAAUUUCAACGAGAAAAAAUUUCAGCACAACAAUUAGAAUUGACUAAAUAUGAUGCUGAGAUUGUUUAUCUAGAAAAUAAAGAACGCGAUCAGGCGCAGGAGCUUGAAGCGAUUUCACGUGAAAUCACCAAAGCAGAUCAAAUAUUUCGGCAAGGCAGCGAGCAGCUGCAAACACUGCAAUACGUGGAGGAAGAGAAUGAACUUGUUAAGCAGCAGGAGAAGACACUAAAAUCGGAGAUUGCUUUAUUGCGCUCCAAAUUGGCUAAUUGCGAAACUGAGUUAUUACAAUGCAAGAACAAAAUACGGUUACUAAUGAACGAUAUUGAGGUGGAGCAGCGUAGCAGUACUACUAAACAGAAGGCGAAUAGACAAAACGUAGAGCGUGAUUUUCUUAUGGAAAUGGAACGUAUACAAAGUGAAAUCGAUCAAGCCAUACACAACACUGAUACAUCUAAUAAGACAGCAGAAAAUUUGAAAAAGGAAAUUUUAUUAAUCGAAAAUGCGAUAACAGAGAAGAAACGACAGGUUGAACAAUUGGUCAAUGAAAUGAAGGAAGUAAAUUUGCAAAGUCUCACUGUAACUACAUCCGAUGAGAUUAAACAUUUUCUAGAAGGUUCAAAUAAACCUGGCAGCAGUCGCCGUAUAAUCGGUUCACCAAGACAGCUGGAAAAUGCUGUGCCAACUAGUAAGAAUCCGCAUGGCGUUUGGGUGUAAUGUUAGAGCCAUAGUUUUUAAUAAAUAAAAAUGAAAACACUAUGAUAAAUUAAAAAAAGAAAACACCAAGACAUAAUUUGUAUUUCAGAUAUUUCACUUUGAAACUGAAACAAUUUUUAUUCCAUUUAGCAACAUGUACACAUAUUAUUAUAAACA